GCUUCGUUCGUUCGGCUUCAGUUGGUUAUCAGCUCCCGAGGACGCAGGACGUGCUUCGUUGGCUGUGCUUGGUGUGUGUAGGAAUUUUCAAGAAGCAGUAUUUUAAUAUAGAGCUACCUUAUACACAAUCGUUGGAGUUUGCACAAUCGUUCCCUAGAUGGAUUUAUGUUGUGUGGUGGAGCAAGGUUGCUUUUUCUAAUGGGGGAUUAUUGCUAGAUAUCAACCAUUCAGUGUGAUACUGUUCUGAUGCGAAUAAUUACCUUGCGGUUCGGUGUCAGUGUGGCCCCCGGAAGAGGGUGAAAGUGAGAAAGUGUCUGCAGUCUAACCGACACAGGUUGUUUGGUGUGUGCCCUGGAAAAAAGUUUGGCGGGGAUACUUUUGCUCCACAUACUUUCCUCCUACUGGAUAGUAAGCUGUUUCAGUAGCUAACGGCUUGAGCUGGAAAAAGAUAUCAACGUGUUGUGACCACUGUUGCAGAAAACCAAAGUUAUCAUCCAGAACCCUUGGAGUUAAAACGAAUAUAACUGGGGGUGAAAGCGUGAGCAUUAGUGCCGAGUUCAGGAAGAAGAGGGUGAGGGUGGUGCUAACCUAGCCAAGAAGUGAUACCGCCUGCGGCUAGAAUCCAGACCUCAGAGUCUAGGUGAAGUGAAACAUCAAAUUUUCCAGAGCAGCACCGCGAAUAUUCGCUUCAGAGGAGACUAAAUCGCUUUAGUGAUCUUUCGACUUGAUAUGUAAUAAAUUUUGGGAUUCGUUUUUCACGCUUGGAAUCAACAGAUGCUAAACUCAUUCGACCGCUGAGCGGGAUAAGGCGGAAAUGAGAUAAAAAUAGCGAGCAAACAGCCUGUUGGCUCCCAACGACCGCUAUAUAAACCUAAACCGCCAAUGCCUGCCAGGAAGGGGCUACUGGCGCCCCAAAAUACGUUUCUGGACACAAUCGCCACCCGCUUUGACGGAACACAUUCUAAUUUCGUUCUUGGCAACGCACAAGUCAGUGGAUACCCGAUAGUGUACUGCUCCGAUGGCUUCGUUGAGCUUUCAGGAUUUUCGCGUGCACAAAUUAUGCAGAAAGGUUGUGCUUGUCGGUUUCUCUAUGGCCCGGAGACGAAGGAAGAACACAAAACCCAAAUCGAGAGCAGUCUCGAUGGGAAAAGUGAGCUGAAGUUAGAGGUGAUAUUCUAUAAAAAGAAUGGUACGCCGUUUUGGUGUCUGUUGGAUAUCGUGCCGAUCAAGAAUGAAAAACGGGAGGUGGUGCUAUUUCUUGCCUCGCAUAAGGACGUGACGACGGCGAAAAUGUCGGAGAUGUCUAUGUCGGAUGAGUGUGAUAGUGCCGCUUUAUUGGGAGCACGAUUUCGAUCCGCUGAAACCUCUUUGCUUGCAGACGACGGGGCGGAGGAUGAAAGUUUGGAAAUACCUCCGGGAGUUAACAUGGGCCGGCGACGUUCACGGGCGGUGCUUUAUCAACUUUCCGGCCAUUAUAAGCCGGAGAAAAUGAAGACUAAAAUGAAACUUAAUAGUAAUAUAUUACAUUCUAGUGAAGCUCCACUACCUGAAUACAAGACGCAAGCCUUAAAGAAAUCACGUUUUAUCCUGUCGCACUAUGGAAUGUUUAGGGGUUGUUGGGACUGGUUGAUUUUAGUGGCCACAUUCUACGUCGCCGUCGCCGUUCCUUACAAUGCCGCUUUCGUUACAACCGAUCGUUUGACUGUGGCGUCCGAUGUUAUCGUUGAGGCUUUAUUUAUUGUUGAUAUUCUAGUAAAUUUUCGCACAACGUACGUUUCCAGGAAGGGUGAGGUUGUAUCAAAUUCUAAAAGUAUAGCAGUUAACUAUCUACGAGGGUGGUUCAUGGUUGACCUGUUCGCCGCCCUGCCGUUUGAUCAUCUCUACGCUAGUAACGUAAUUAGUGGGGAGGAAUCUCACAUUCAUUUAGUCAAAUUAACACGAUUAUUAAGGCUGGCACGAUUGCUUCAAAAGAUGGAUAGAUAUUCGCAAUACACGGCUAUGAUUUUAACGCUGUUGAUGCUAUGCUUCUCUUUAGUUGCACAUUGGUUGGCUUGCAUUUGGUAUGUGAUAGCAGAGAAAGAAAGACUCGUUAAUGACCAAGACUGGGACAUUGGUUGGAUUCACACGUUAGCCGAGCGGUUGAAAAUUCCCGUGACGAACAUAACACACGGCGAGGCGUACAUAACAUCGCUCUACUUCACGUUCACCAGUUUGACGUCUGUUGGAUUUGGAAAUGUAUCGGCCACCACAAUCAGCGAGAAAAUCUUCAGCAUCAUAAUGAUGUUGAUUGGCGCUCUUAUGCAUGCUGUGGUGUUCGGAAACGUGACAGCUAUUAUACAACGGAUGUAUUCACGACGUUCCCUGUACCAGAGCAAGUGGCGUGAUUUGAAAGAUUUCAUCGCCCUGCAUCAGAUGCCAAAGGAGCUGAAGCAGCGAAUGCAGGACUACUUUCAGACGAUGUGGUCGUUGAAUCAUGGGAUAGAUGUGUACGAGAUUCUGAAGGAAUUCCCUGAGGAGUUGAGAGGAGACAUCUCGAUGCAUCUGCAUAGGGAAAUUCUACAGUUGCCUAUUUUUGAAUCGGCAUCGCAGGGCUGUCUCAAACUUUUAUCCUUACAUAUCAAAGCAAACUUCUGUGCUCCUGGCGAAUACCUAAUUCAUAAGGGAGAUGCGUUGGGCUACAUCUAUUAUAUCUGCAACGGGUCCAUGGAAGUUAUGCAGAACAAUAUGGUGGUUGCCAUUCUAGGAAAAGGUGAUCUAGUCGGUUGUGAUAUAAGUGUACAUUUAACACAUGGGAGCCAGGGCAAUUCCGGCAAUCCUGGCUCCCAAGAUGCAAUAGUGAAAAGUAGUGGUGACGUGAAGGCUCUUACCUAUUGUGAUUUGAAAAGCAUUCAUUUGAGCGGGUUGGUCGAUGUGCUGCGUCUCUAUCCGGAGUAUCAGCAGGAAUUUGCCAACGAUAUUCAGCAUGACCUCACGUACAAUUUGCGUGAGGGCUACGAGGCAGAGGAGGAAACAGAGAACAACGGACCGUGCCUUGCACUACCGUCCAUUAGCGAGGAUGAUGAAAAUCAGUCAGACGUGGAGUCCAGUACGACAUCUCCUUUACACACAUCCCUCAUAAAAUCACCUGCACAUAAUCCCACCGCCAGUCCAAGACAUGCGAAGCUGAUACACAGUCGUAACAAAUCACUGGUAGCUCUACGGGAACGCGUAGAGCGCCAACGGUCGGUGCAGGCCACCACCAUGCCAGCCGCUCCCGAAGAGGACAACACAUUCGAGGGUUUGAACUUGGAGUUAAGAAAUAAGGAAAAGACGCAUCCGGCACGAGUGUCGGUUGAACGCUUGGACACCCAGGUGACGACGCUACACAAUGACGUGGCUGCUUUGAGCAUGGAGGUUCGCAAUGCUAUCCAGGCACUACAAGAAAUGACGUAUUCUACCAUCAACUCACAGUUUGAUCUUGGACAUUUUCCACCGGCACGAUCGAUACCAAACUUACAGAAUGGAGCCAUCGGUAUUAUGCGAGAUCCUGAGCCAACAAUGGCUCGUAGUUCCUCGCAUCCACCUGAGAUGUGGUGCCGUGAAAUGAAUGCCUUUGGUGAAGCGUUCCCCAGCCCCAACGGAACCGAAACAUACUCCGAGAAUAUGUAUCGAAGGAAAUCGAUCAUGUCACAAAAGUAUUCGGAAGACCUAUCGUGCUCAACACAGACUGAAAAUGUGAUUGAUUUUGAAACGCUGGAGAAAGUGGUUUUAGCUCAUCCGCAUCUCGUACUGAAAAUAUUAGGCAUUGAAGCAGUUUUUAAUAAUGAAGAAAUUAAGUUAUAUCCUUUAAAUACAAUAUCCGAAGCGGCCAGUUCUGGCGAGACAAUCUCAGCAAAAGUGCAAGAAGUAUCAAAUAAUAAUAACAACAAUUUUAAAUCAAACACCAAUGGUUCGGUUCAAGGAAACGACCACCGAAUAUUGUACCCACCAAUUGUGUGCAGUUCGAAUGAAUUUUACACUAACAAUAAUUCUAGCAUUAACAACAAUAACAUAUCUACUCUGACACCACUCCAAGACGAGGCAGUGCCGAUGUCGAUGGAUGGUGUCAAUAAAAUGGCUAGAGUUUUCGACGGCACCAGUUGCUCUAUAGUAAUAGAUGAGAAUAUUAAAAUGUUGAAGCAAUCAGCUGGCAAUCACGUUCUUCGGCGGCAGGACCGUGUGCCAGCUAAAAACCGUUUCUCAGCCGGAGACGCCGACAAGCUCGAAAAAGGCUUGAAGAAUCUUCCAUCAUCGCGCUCGCUUGGCGGCAGCUGAGAAAAGGUUUAGUCAGUAAUAUGAAUAACUUAUAGAAUAGUUGACAGCUUAUAAAAUAGUUGAUGUUUGAUGAACUUUAAUCUGACGUAGAGGACUAUUUAGAGAAAAUUCUAAUUCUGAACAAUAAA